AUGAUGAUUGAUCCAUUUGAAGUGCGAAUGCGCUUCACCUUGCAGCUUCAACACCUUAGUGCUUCUGUCACUUCAUCUCAAAAAGCUGCCCAUUAUGCCCUUCGAUUCCGCGACCUGGAUGAGGAUCUUCAUUCAUGCAUUCUUGAGCAACUGGAGAAGAAUAAUUUGAAUACCAGAGCCAACAUUAUGUCCUUCAUUGAAGUCCUCUGCGACCUGGCCACUAAAGAAAAACACCCCUCCUACACUCGAAUGAUUCAACGCGAUAUUCUCAGAAUUGUUGAUGCAGUUGUCCCACCUGACGGGACCGGGGCAGCUAAUGUCAAGCAUGCUCGUCGUAUCCUGAUCAGCCUUAAGACGAAGGGAAUUCUCAGUUCUGAGACUGUUACCGAGAUCGAUGCAGCUCUCAAGGAUCGAGACACUCAUCCCACUCAUCUUGACCUAGAACAAGAAGAAGGCCUGGGAGACAGUAACCUCUCAAAGUCAGGCUCAAACAAGGCUGUCCGCCUCGACAAACGCCAAAUUGAGCAGCGCAUCGAAGAAGACCGUGAGCGGAAUAAACGUCUACGAGAAAGUAUGUGGACUGUCGCUGGUGGUGAUGAUGAAGAAUUCCAAAAACUUUGGGAUGAAGCGGUUCCGUUUGUGGAAGAUGACUAUAUCAGAAUGAAAGAGGAGGCCGAUGCAUGUGAGGCAGCUAGAGCUUAUGGUGAGGCCUACAUGAAGACUCAGCGCUUUCUGUGGACUGAUGGAGAAGGGGCCGCUGUGUGCGAGUCAGCCCCACCUCACUGGAUGAAAUCCUACCACAUGCAGAAACCCCAACCCGAUGGAGAGCAGACCGCAGCGCAAGCGAAUGCAGCCCGCGUGACCUGGAUGGAGAGCAGCAAGGGAGGAGAAAAUUGA